UAGUUUACUUUAUUUACUAGCAUGGAAAUCAUGUUGAGCACCAUACUGUUUUGUUGCAUUAGCUGAUUAAAUAAAUUUUUAAACUCUUCUAGAAAUUUGAAUGAAAUGACUCCAGAGAUCAAAGCAAAAGUGAUAGAGAUUGGAAGAUCUUGCAUGGAAGAAAGCGGAGCAGACUUGGAACUGAUUAUAAAACUUCAACAAGGAGAGUUCACUGAUGAUCCUAAACUCAAGCAACAAUUUCUUUGCAUGAAUAAAAAAAUUGGCCUUCAAAAAGAAAAUGGGGAUAUAGAUGAAGCCGCAAUUAGAGAGAGAAUUAAUCAAUUUACGAACGAUCCUAAGAAAACAGAAGAGCUUAUGAAGGAAUGUGUUAUUAAGGAAGCGGCCGCUGAAGAAACUGCUUUCAAAAGUAUUAAGUGUUUAUAUGAUAAAGCUCCGAAGGAUGCUAUUAAGAAAUUUUAGGUUUUCAUGCCGUUUGAUAAAGUUUAAAUAGUCGAACGGUGAAACAAUUGGCUUCAAAACGUUUUUUACUAAAAGUGUACUAUGUAUAAUAAAAGAUUUAAAUCUUUAAAA